CCUGAGUGGGGGAUGCUGGGAGUUGUAAUUAACACAUUUUGAGAUCUCUGUACGGGAGAGCAGGGGAGGGCUGUUUGCUCCACUUUCCCACCACCUGUUGUCCUCCAGAUGUUUUGGAUUAUGAAUGCCAACAUUCCUGGCCAUUGGGCAUGUCGGCUCGGCCUAAUUGAAGUUACGAGAGCACCACGCUGGAGAAGGCAGAUCUGGAACGAAAUGUAUGCAUGUUAUGUUUAUUGGCAAACAUGGGCCUCUCAGGAAGAGCUGAAAGCUGCCUAUCGCAGGCUGUGUAUGUUGUACCAUCCGGACAAGCACAGGGAUCCAGAGCUCAAGAGACAGGCAGAGCAGCUCUUCAACCUUCUCCAUCAGGCUUAUGAAGUGCUCAGUGACCCACAGACAAGAGCUAUCUAUGACAUCUAUGGAAAAAGAGGCCUUGAUAUGGAAGGAUGGGAGGUGGUGGAGAGGAGGAGAACCCCUGCUGAGAUCAGGGAGGAAUUUGAACGUUUGCAGAGGGAAAGGGAAGAGAGGAGGCUUCAGCAACGGACAAACCCCAAGGGGACGAUUAGUGUUGGAAUCGAUGCCACCGACCUCUUUGAUCGGUAUGAUGAGGAAUACGAAGAUGUACCAGGGAGUGGCUUCCCCCAGAUUGAAAUUAACAAAAUGCACAUAUCCCAGUCCAUUGAGGCUCCACUGACCGCCACAGACACGGCCAUCCUGUCGGGAAACCUCUCAACCCAGAACGGGAAUGGAGGUGGCUCUGUCAACCUGGCUCUGAGGCGGGUGACAUCUGCAAAAGGAUGGGGAGAGCUGGAGUUCGGAGCUGGAGACCUUCAGGGGCCGUUGUUUGGUCUAAAGGUGUUUCGGAAUCUCACACAAAGAUGUUUCAUCACAACAAACUGCGCCUUGCAGUUCUCCUCCCGUGGGAUCCGGCCUGGCCUGACCACUGUCUUGGCACGGAACCUAGACAAGAACACGAUGGGCUACCUGCAGUGGCGCUGGGGCAUUCAGUCAGCCAUGAACACAAGCCUUGUCCGGGAUACAAAGACCAGCCACUUCACAAUGGCGUUUCAGCUGGGUAUCCCUCACUCCUUCAUAAUGGUCAGUUACCAGCACAAGUUUCAGGAUGAGGAUCAGACUCGGGUGAAAGGUUCUCUCAAGGCUGGCUUUUUUGGGACCAUUGUGGAAUACGGUGCAGAGCGGAAGAUCUCUCGGCACAGUAUCCUUGGAGCCACUGUCAGCGUCGGCAUUCCCCAGGGCGUCUCUCUGAAAGUCAAGCUGAACAGGGCCAGCCAGACGUAUUUCUUUCCCAUCCACUUGACGGACCAGCUGCUGCCCAGCGCAGUCUUCUAUGCGACCGCAGGGCCUCUCGUCAUCUACUUUGCCAUCCAUCGGCUUGUCAUCCGGCCCUACCUCCGGGCCCAGAAGGAGAAAGAGCUGGAGAAGCAGCGAGAGUGCACUGCCAGUGACACUUUGCAGAAGAAGCAGGAAGCGGAAGCUGCCGUGCGGCUGAUGCAGGAGUCUGUUCGGAGGAUCAUUGAGGCUGAAGAAGCCAGGAUGGGCCUGAUUGUGGUGAAUGCCUGGUAUGGGAAGUUUGUCAAUGACCAGAGCAGGAAGAACGAGAAGGUGAAAGUCAUUGACGUGACGGUGCCCUUGCAGUGCCUAGUGAAGGACUCCAAGCUCAUCCUCACGGAAGCAUCCAAGGCUGGCCUGCCCGGCUUCUAUGACCCUUGUGUCGGGGAAGAGAAGAGCCUGAAGGUGCUCUAUCAGUUCCGUGGAGUUCUGCAUCAAGUGAUGUCCUCUGACAACGAGGCCCUUCGGAUACCAAAGCAGUCUCACCGGAUUGAUAUGGACAGCUAAUCGGAUGGGGAAGCGUGGCUGCUGCUGGAUCGAGCGCAGGGUCGGCGGAAAGCGAACAGCCCUUCCUCCCUGGAUGCUCUGUGUCCUCAGCCUGACGGAGGCGCCGCUUGCUUUGGGAUGGACACCAAAGGUGGUUUUACGCCAAUUACAUUGUGGGACAGAAUGAAAGGGAACGGCUUUGGCCAGGCUGUGGCACCCCCUGGGGGUGUGCGCUGGGACACGCUGGCCUGUCCUGCCUGCUCCUUGCCCAGAGUAGGCAGGGGAGGGUUGCCAGCUGGACACCCCCCUUGCAGCUGCCACCACCAGCCAGGCUGCUCUGGGGGCCGGAAGGCGUGUCCCCUCUCUCGCAGUGCGCAGGGCUGCUUCAGCGAAAGCGUGUCACGGGCAGAGGGCAGCCACUGCAUCUGGAGCCUCCUCCAGCCCUGCUGUUCCUUGGCGAUGCAGAGGGUGGCUCACAACUCGGCGCCGGUGCCUGGCAUUGGCCGAGCUCUUCCCUCCCGGCAGGGCUGUUGUGCUGCCGUGCCGUGCUCAGCUUCUGCCCUUGCAGGAGCUUCAGCAUCUCCACCUGUGUUGGCUGUGGGCAGCCUUCGGAGCAUCUUCCUGAGGCAAGUUCCCCAGGUAUGCAGCUGGCGCGCGUGCCAAGGCAAGCCCGGCAGCCUCUGGCAACCUUGGAGCACAUCCAUGGGCCCCUGGUGCAGCCUGCCUUCUGAUCCUGUGGUGUUGCUGCUGUUUGGAGUCCCUCAGGCAGCUUCCUAGUAGCCUCUGCCCUGAGUAAAGCAAUCGCAGAUGCCGGGAUGGCUGGACCCUUGCCAGCUGUGCGGCUCCCUCCUUCGAAUCAGGCGCUCUUCCCGUUUCUGAGUUUCACAGAGCCUUUCUUUCCACCUUGGCACCAACUUUUGUUCCAGUCAUGUGCAUUUCCUUAGUCAGCUGACUGUAAAGGGUCUUGUUCCUGUGGUCAUGUGCACACACACAUCCUGUUUCCUUUUGUAUGAGUGGAGCGGCCACUGCCUCCUUUAAACCUGAUGGCAGAAGAAGAACACAGUCUUGGCCAUAAUGGCAGCGAUCCCAUUUGCAAAGCAUCGCGUUUGUUUCCAGCAUAUGUAAAUGCCUGGUUUCUUCUGGAACCAGAAACAGGCUGGAGCGAGCGCGCCAAAAGCAAGCAGCCCUCGCGCAGGACGUCCUUCGGACAAAGGCCGGCCCACCAGGACCUGCAGCUUUCUGAAUGCGGCCCAUCCCAAGCAACACGCCCGUGCUGUCUCCCCCUGCCCCCCCUGCCUCGUGCAGGCAGGAAUCUUGCAGAGUGCAUGAGCUGCUGAUGGGGUGGGGCCUGUGUUUUCCUCUGUAAUAAAAGGACAAUAAAAUGGCCCACGUUCAUG